AUGUCCUCCUCCAGACCUUCCGGUCACCACUUUGGUUCUUCCAGCUCAACAUCAUCAACACCAUCCUCCUCCGACUCUGACGUCUCGUCCACCGGCUACAGACACAGCAUGGACUCAGUACAGCUCCCCAUCGCCUCGGUCGAGGUGCUCCGCUGCAUGCGAUGCGCCCGGUCCGUAGAGGCUACCAGCACCGACGACCUCUCCUCCAUGGGCAUGGUCCGCAUCGCCCAUAACCUCUACUACUGCGAACGCUGCGCAAAGAUGGUCGGAUACAAGUAA